GGCUGGACCAUCUUCGACAGACUAUACAUUAUGAAAGGGGUUCUGUAUAUAGUCUCUGACGAACCGCGGACGGUACCCGAUAUCCGUUUUAUCUACUCGAAAGGCAUAUUCACCGAACCAGGACCUGAAGCUGCCGAGACGCGCAUUCCUUCCGACGAGGAUAUCCGAAUAGUUAGCAGUAGCGAAGCGAAAAAGCUCUUUGGGACGGGGGCUCAGAUCAUGGACGGUGUAACAUGGCUUGUCAACGACCCCCCACACAUUACACACUAUUAUCAUUGGUCGGCAGAGCUAUGGUUUGGAUUUUGGCGGACUUACUCCUCCCUUGACACGGCCAUCACCUCCGAAGGAAACACGACCCUUCCCGUUGUUCGCAGACUUAUGUUCAACCAUAUUGAUGCAUUCCAUUGGCGUGACUAUGCAUUUAUGAACCAAUGGGUCGUGCGAUCUUCCUUCCCUGCCAUUACCAUGGAAUUUAUUGAUGACUGGAGAGACCGUGCGGAGAUGGGGCGUCCGUUCGUGUUCGACCGGGUCGUCAUUGCUGAUCGUUCGGCAGCAAUGCUGUCCUAUAAUUAUGCGCGAUACCAGCGGACGGCGGGCGCCCCGAUGGCACUUCCUGGGAGCGUGAACUGGUGGAUGCCGAUAAGGAACAACGUUGUUGAAUUUGCUGGUCUAGGCCCUGCCAUUGGCGGCGGUACGACGAGCGUCCCAGUCAUAACGUACAUCUCAAGACAGCAGUGGGGCAGACGUAUGCUGGUACCCGAACAUCAUGACAAGCUUGUGAAAGAGCUUUAUAAGUUGAGGGACCGAUAUGGAUAUGAAGUCAACGUUGUUAAUGCGGAGGCUAUGUCCCGCGUUGAACAAAUACAACUCGCGGCGAGGACAACCAUUAUGAUGGGAGUCCAUGGCAAUGGUCUUACGUCGCUUAUAUGGAUGAAGCCCUCGCCUAGGUCGACCGUAAUGGAGUUCUUUUACCCUCAGGGUUUCGCCCACGAUUACGAGUAUACAACGCGCGCUCUCGGAAUGGUGCACUAUGGUUUCUGGAAUUCAGAGUACUUCACUAGCCCCGCAGUACCGAUCCCAAAAUACGUUGAGGGUUUUCAAGGAAAUGCGAUCCCCCUCGACGGCGAAGUAGUCGCCCGGUUGUGCGUGGAGAGGCUGACCCUUGCGAGCGAGGUUGAUGAUUGA